GUCCAUGCAGCAGCACCACCUGGCUGCUUGCUGCAGCGCAAAUCCCACUAUCACUACUUGCAGCUUGCUUGCAUCUGAUACCUCGCAUCGCCAGCCACCGAGGUACUUUCACUGCCAGACCACUACUGUUUUUUUGUUCCCUUAACUCAAUUGGUAUUGGUACUGCUAGCAGACUUUCACUACUGACCAUAUUUUUACGGCCCCGUCUGCAAGCCUCUGUCUGUCACACGCGCACCUCGCUUGGCCAUCCUCCCUCCCACCAGGUGCUAUUGUCGCCACUACUGACUGCUACUGCUGCUGCACCUGUCGUGGUGUCCCCCGCAAACCCGCCUGGAAUGAAUCGCCGCUAAAAUCCCACCGGUUUGCAACAAUAAUUUGUGAUAUACCGUUACUUUCUUCCCUCCACUAAGCUGCAUCCCUGUUGCUCCUCGUUUCUUCUUCUUUUCUUUACAAUUUCCACUCUCUCCAAGACCAAAUGGUGGUCCCUUUUGCACUGCUAUACAUCCAAACCCACAGCACCACACUGUCCGCUCACUAGCUAGACUCGUUUCUCACCGCCGCUUCUACUCUCUCUCCGCCUACAUACCCGGGCAUCUCGCCGCCAAUGGCCGCCCCGGCCCCGUCACGCGUGAGGACAAUUAGCAAAAAGGAUCCCGCCUGUGCCAUAUGCCAUGAGCCUCCGGAAUCCCGCUGCGAGUGUGAGGCAAAUGCCCUCCAGGACGCCAUCAACCAGGCCGAAGAUGCCUUUAUGGCCGACGCUUACAGACAGAUAAGACAAUGGGUUUCAGAUAAUGCCAAGGAAUAUAUACUAGACCAUUUCCGGUCCCUAUCUGCUGCCCGAAACGAUGCACACACGGCCAACAUGGAACGCAUUAAAGCAAAGGCCUUCUACUACCGCCACGGCCCGCCAACACAACAGGAAAUCGCCGAGGCCGAGUUCAUGCACCAGCGCGGCGUCGAUGAGGACUGGAAGGCCUCUGUUGAGCGGUACCCAGAAGUCCUGGGCUACUAUUACUCUCUUGUCAACUUCCGCCUCCCGAGCAAUGAUGAUCCAGUCGUCGUGAACCCGCCGAUACCUCUGUCUACACCACCUAGAAGGAAGAAGACGAAUCGGCGCGCUUCUUUUGGCGGACCACCACCAGCACACCCUCCUGGAUAUAUCCCAGGAGGACCACCACCCAUACCGGGUGUAUUCUAUACUCGUCCAGGAGCAACCAUGCGAAAUGGUGCUAGCUCACGGCCUCCCAUCGCCUACCGUUAUUCUAGCCACUCACCCCAAGGCCAACACUUCCCUCCCUACUAGCUUGCACAUUUAGCCUAUCUUUGGCCUUUUUAUAUGUCGAAUCUGCAGCCAUGAUCAGCAUUCUCUUGUUAUUACCUCCUCUCAGCACAGCAUAGCAUAGCGUAGCAUUAACGGCCUCUCUCAUCUUGUAUCAUUGUUGAAAAUGAGCCGAACAAAAAGUUGUUCAAUUUAUAGUGUGGAUUCAACGUUGGCUGUGGCUCAGGCAAUUGAUUGUCAUGUUUGUUAAACGUAGUAGUGCAGUCUUCAAAUAACAAGGAGACAGUCUCCGAAAGCCUAUGCAAUUCAAUAAUUCAGUGUUUAUUUUAUGCUCCUAUAUAAUGUGUAUUUUGUAUGAGCGUAGUAUAUCCGGCCCGUUUUACUAAUUGAAUACUUUUCAAAGCUCCAUUUUUAGCUUCCCUUCAAAAGCUGCCAAGGCAUAGUCUGUGUCCAAACCAGUUUUGGAGGGAGCGGGAUAAUCAGAGUCGGACUGUUCGUGCUAUGAAGAAAGAGUGGUGGGAGGUUGUAAGGACAAGGUGGUGUGGGCGGCAGUGUCACGACAGUCGUUCCUCUGUUCAAGUGGCAGUUCUAGAGGCAAGGCUUUCUAAGCAUCCUGCUUAUCCUCAAGGGAAGCCUUCUUAAGCUCAGAAGCAGCCUCAUCAGCACCAUCCUCGCCGCUAGGAGAAGCCUUCUCAAGAUCGGCGAUGGUCUUCUUGGCGGCAUCAAUGUUCUAUCGACAGUUAGCAAGGCAAAUUUCCAAUCAAUUCGGUACAUCAAAACUUACACGCUGGGUCUGGGCAGCCUGGUCAGACUUCCAGUGGUCGAGCUUAGCCUUGACCUUUUCAAUGACACUGGGGACGUCGUCAGGGCCCAUGGGAGGGUCAAUGCCCAUAGCAGCGCAGUCUUCAACAACAGACGGGGGGCAAUUGAAAGCCUUGGAAGCAGCGGCAGCAGAGUUGUUCUUCUUUCCCUUCUUGCCCUUCUUGGCAGCAGAAAAGUACUCGUCAUCGCGGUCCUCCUUGCGGACAAGCUUGGUACCCUUGAGGUCAGCAUCAUCAACAGUGCGCUGGGCCUGGGCAGUGAGGCCGCUGGCAGCCAUCAGAGGACCCUUCUCCUCCUUGUGGGUAGGGUCGAGGAACUGAAGAAGACCGUUGGCGCGGCGGAUCUCCUCGAGGUAAGCAGGGUCGCUAGCUUCAGCUAAGAUGCGCUCAGCAUCGGCCUUCUUCUUCUCCAUAACAUAACGGUUACGCUCAGCUCUGCGGCGCUCGUUUUGUUUCUCACGGGCCUCGCGUUCGUAAGCCUGGUAGGCCUUCUUCUGGGUGUAGUAGUCGUCCUUGAGCUUGCGGAUGGCGCUGAACUUCUCCUGCUGGGCAGCCUGGAGCUUGGCGCGCUCAUCACGGAGACCAGAGAGUCCCUUGUAAGCUUCGUCCUGCUCAGCCUUAAUCUUAUCCAAUUCAGCCUGGAGCUUGUUGUAUUGGUCAGAGAGGGCCUUGUGCUCAGGGUCUUCCAUGCUGUCCUUAAUUUCCUUAAUCUUGGCGCGGAGCUCGUCAAUGGCCUUCUGGGAGUCAUCAAAUUGGCCAAAGUUCUUGCGGAUCUUACGUAGGUUAGAAAUAUCGGUGAGGGCCUUCUUCUCAUCAACAAGCUUCAUGGUGCCGGUGUUGACCUGCUUAUCAAGGGCAGCAAUCUGGUUGUCGAGUUCCUCAACGGACUUGAAGGGAACCUUGGCCUUGGCAGUCUUUUGCUCGGCAAUGCGAGAUCGGACCUGCUCAUCAAGGCGCUUAAUCUGGUCCAUCUUGGAAGUACGGGCGGUCUUACCACCGGCCUGCUUCUGGCGAAUCUCGUUGACCUGGGUGAUGAGCUCCUGGCGGCGCUUCUGGGUAGGGUUAGGCUCAUCCUUGUUCUUGUUAGGCAUAGCAACUUCAAUUCUGGACUUAAUGGCGGCCUGUAUUAGAAGAAACAGACGUUAGCAUACUGUAUUCCGUACAUUGGUACCGAGGAUGUAUUUUCGGCGUCAGGCAUAAAUGCGCAGCGAGUCCCGUGUCUGGAGACGACGUUGGGAGUAUGCGAUAUAACGCCUGUCGAGAAAGUCAAAGUAAGGCAUACCAAUUUAUCCAUGGAUUCUUUGUGAUCCUUCUCAGCCUGGAUCAACUCCUUCUUAAAGAGAGCCUCAUCGGGUCUGGUAGGGCGGGUGGUCUGCGCCGGAGCAGCAGGAGUGGUAGCGGCGUCGGCCAUUGUGAAGAAAUUCGAAAAGCGGAAGGGGUUGAAGAUGCAACAACAGUUCCCAAUUCGAAACUAGAAAAGCGGUGUCUCGUCGAAGAGGAUGUCGAAAGCAAUCCUGCGUGACGUUGGACGGGUCAGGAGACUGCGGGGUGGUGCGGUAUCGUCGAAGAUGGGAGAGGAAGAUCCGUAGAAAAAGGUAGAAGCACAGGCGCCU